CACUCACACAACUUUCAAAAUUUUUCUUUGGAAAAAUAAGAAAUUUAUUUUUUUAAUACCAUAUUUAAACUGAAUUUAACUACAUAUAAUUCUAGUAAAAUAAUCAAUAUACAUAUAGAAGUGCUAAUAUAAACAUAUUUGGAAUCAUGCCAUGUUUCACGGCCUCGAACAUACGGCUUGUACGAGACCAACUGGAAAACGCUGCCAAGAGGCGGACCAAAACAUCGACCACACAUCGUUCCCACGGGAGCAGCACAAAUGUACCAGCUGGCACUACCGCAGAUCUGAAUGCGUCCUUGAAAGCAGCCAUUAUCGCACAAAACAAUAAGAAAGGGGCCAAGGAAUGCACCGAAUUUCUGAAAGUAAUGGGCUACACGCCCCAAACGUUGAAUAAACGACCGGUGGGACCGAAAUCGGGCAGAACUAAAAAUCAGACAACACUAACACAAAAGGAGUUGGACCGGCUUAAGAAUGCAUCCAAGGUGGUAACACUAGAAGAUCGUUUAGAAGUGUUAAAGCGACAAGAGGAGGAACGAAAACGCAUGGAAAAAGAGACCGAAGAGCUGCGCAUGCGCUUCAAGAAGAUUGACGAUGCCCGACAGAAAGCUUUAGAGGAAAAUGCUGUAAAAGAAGAUCUCUUUGGUGCGGGCGAAAAAGUGAAGGUUUUAGAGCGUGCUUUUCUAGCCAAACAUGAACAGGAAGAGGAAGUGCGUCGGGUCAAUCGCAUCAUAUUAAAUGCCAAAUGUCAGGCAGUCCGCGAUGCGCAGAUACAGGAGAAAGAAGAUUUUCAACGUGACUUACGCAGUGAGGAGAUGCGUAUGGAUCGAAUGGUAUUGGAGCGAGCCACAAGCGCGCUCAAAAAAGAGGAUGCCGACGAGGAGAAGAAGAAAGAGGAGAAGUUGAAAUACGCUUGUGAGAUACGUAAUCAAUUGAGUGAACGCGAGACGUUGCGCUUUUUGGAAGCCGAACGUUUGGAGCAAGAAGCCAAACGUAUACGCAAAGCCAAUGAAUUGAUACGUGCUGAAGAUGAGCGACAAGCACAGUUGCAACGAGAGCGUAAAUUGAAAUUCCGUGAAGAACUAAAUCGUAUUGCCGAAAUGGCAGCACUUUUCAAGAGGAUGCUUUGUGAGCAAGAGCGUGAAGCUGAUAUGCGCGCUGCCGCAUAUAUGCGUGAAAAGCAGAAAAAGGAGCGCGAAUUGGCAAUGGAGAAGAAAUUGGCACAAGAGGCGGCCGAAAGUAAGCGGCAGCGCAUAUUUAUACUAGCUCAAAAAGUGCUGGAGGCGAAAUCAGCUAGCGAAGAGCUGAGCUAUAUGCGUGAACAGGAGCGUAUCGAACGUGAAUACCGUCGCAAGGAGAAGGAAGCGGCCUUGCGCAAGAAACAAAUCGAGAAAGAUUUGGCCGAAGCACGCGAAAGCCAAUUGCGUCAAACCAAACAGCGACAAGCGUUGCAAAUUGCACGCGCCGAACAGGACUUCGACAAUCUAAUGGCACAAGUGAAAGUCGAUGAGGAGAAACAGAAACAGCAGGAAGUGCAGCGUGAGCGCCAAAACGAAUGCUAUCGUCAAGCCAUUAUAAAGCAAAUGAAUGAUAAGGAGCUGGAACGACGUCGUCUUUUAGAACUAGAUCGCGCACAGGCCAUGGACUGGCGUGAAGGCGAGCGCCAACGGGAUCGCAAUAUACGCGCGGUAAUUGACGCGAAAUUGGCAGCAAUGCGCGACGCCUGUUUGCCGGAAAAGUACGUCAAAGAAGUUGAAAUGCAACUAACAAAAAUUAAAAGCCAGAAAGCUUUUCUGACUAAGAACAAAUAAGUGUAGGGAGCUGUUUUUUUUUGGUAUAAAAAUAAUAAUUUACGAUAAUAAUUAUUAAAUUGACUCCCAUAAUGUAAGUUACUUAAAUGAUACGCACUUUGCUAGGAAUAUGCCUUUCAAAGAUUUUUUUAAUGUACAUGCAUACGUAUUUAUAAUAAUACUUACAUAUUCAAACACAGAUCGCUUAUAAAAUUAUUGUAAGUUUUUGCUAUAUUCAAUAAAAUAACUUUUCUUCCUGGGAUUUUUUGUUUCUAUUAAAGCUAGAUUUGAAUAACUGGCCAAAGAAAUUAAAGACGCCAAGAGAUACAUAUGUAUAUAGAAAAGCCCAUUUUCUCAAAACACAUAUUUU